GAGCGCGUCUGCUGUGAGAUUGGCGGUGUUGAGCUGUCAAUCAAACCGAAAGUAAAAAGCCUAUAUAAACACACACACUGAACACACAGCAUAACCACUCUGACUGAGCCUCUUACUCCAGGCGUUUGUCUUCUGACAUGGGCAACUACUUCUCACAGAUUUUCUCUCGUCUCUUUCCAAAAAAGCAGAUUAGGUUGCUUAUGGUUGGUCUGGAUGCAGCAGGGAAAACAACAGUCCUCUACAAAUUCAAACUUGGUGAAGUUGUCACAACUAUUCCAACAAUUGGUUUUAAUGUUGAAACAGUUGAAUAUAACAACAUCUCCUUCACUGUGUGGGAUGUUGGUGGUCAGACCAAAAUCAGAGGUCUUUGGAAAUAUUAUUAUCAAUACACUGAGGGCCUGAUCUUUGUGGUGGACAGCAGUGAUCAUGACCGGAUUGAAACGGCAGCAGAGGAACUAAACGCGAUGCUGGCGGAGGACGAGAUGAGAGACGCGGUUCUGUUAGUUCUUGCUAACAAGCAGGAUUUACCCAAAGCCAUGCCGGUCCACGAGCUGACAGACAGACUGGGUUUACACGCACUGAGAGGAAGACAGUGGUUUGUUCAGGCCACAUGUGCGGUUCAAGGAUCAGGUUUAUAUGAAGGACUGGAUUGGCUCUCGGAUCAACUGUCCAAACGAUGAAACACUUACUUGAAGAAAACACACUUAAUCAGAACUGAAUGUAUAGUCUAUAUAUUAUGUCUCCAACUUUAUUUUUUUGUAUUGAGAUAUUUAUGGGAUAUUAUUACAGUAUAUAUAAUUGAAGUACAGUACAUUCUGUAUUGUUAAUUUACCACUAUCAAGACAUUUUGAAAUCAUUUUCGGCCUAUUUUUGGUUCUGAUGUACAUGUUUGCCUUCAUUAUGUGCCUUUUUAAACUCACUAGAUUGUACAUUAAUUUAUAAAUUAUGCACUACUGCUGUACCGUGUACUAUUAUUUUAUUAUUUUAUUUAUCUACAGUACUGUAUUCAAUGUACUGAUAAUUUACCUCUGUAAAAGAGAUGCUGUUAUAUGUCACGUUUGACUUAUUUUAAUGUGUUUUGUUGUAUUUGAAAGAACAAACUGAUGUCUGCCUGAAAUAUAUGUGUCUGUG